UCAACCUUGGUAGCCGUUGCCUUCUGAUCUACAACUACUACACUCCCAUAGUUUGAGACGAUGGCAACCACACUAGCCACUCUAUGUGAGAUGCGGCGUGCGCAGCGUGCUGAUGGCCCAGCAGCCAUGCUCGGUAUUGGCACUGCAAAUCCAACAAACUACGUGCUUCAGGAGGAGUUUCCCGACUACUAUUUUCGUGUCACGAACAAGGAGCACCUCACUGACCUCAAAGAUACAUUCAAGAAACUAUGUCGGAUCGCGGGGUUGGAGAAACGUUUCUUUCACCACACAGAGCAGUUGCUCAACGCCAACCCAGCCUUCCUACAAGGGACGCCCGCGGCCCUUGACGCGCGGCUCGACAUCGUCGCCAAGGCUGCUCCAGAGCUCGCUGCGUCAGCCGCCGCCAAGGCCAUAGCGAGAUGGGGCCGCCCGGCCACCGACAUCACCCACCUCAUCGUCAGCACCAACUCUGAAGCCCGCUCACCAGGCGUGGAUGUUGGGCUGGCCACACUCCUCGGCCUCCGCCCCAACGUCUGUCGGACUGUGCUCCAGCUCAACGGCUGCUCGGCAGGCUGCGCCGCCCUCCACUUGGCAAAGGACCUAGCCGAGAACAACCGCGGCGCGCGCGUGCUCGUGGUCUGUGUCGAGCUCACCAUCACCACCUUCCGAGGCCCUCACGAAGGGGAUAGCUUCGGCACCCUCAUCCCGCAGGCGCUGUUCGGCGAUGGUGCGGGCGCGGUCGUCGUUGGAGCUGACGCCAUGCACCCCGCCGAGCGCCCACUAUUCGAGAUGGUGUCCGCCUCCCAGGCCCUGAUACCUGGGUCGGAGAAGCAACUGGACGUGCGGCUCGGGGAGGGCGGGGUCGACAUUGAUAUCUCCUUCAACCUGCCGAAGUUCGUUGCGCAGAAUAUCGAGCGCUGCCUACUUGAUGCGUCUGGGGCGCUCGCUGUUAAUGGCAUCGAGUCGAAGUGGAACGACCUCUUCUGGGCUGUCCAUCCGGGUAGCCGUGGGAUUCUGGACCGCGUCGAGUCGGCUCUAGGGCUGGAGCCCAGGAAGCUAGCACCGAGCCGAACUGUGGUGAGAGACUAUGGGAACAUGCUCUCCGCGACGGUGAUAUUCGUGCUCGAAGAGCUGCGCCGGCGAAUGGAUGAGGAAGGAGAUGAGGCUGCAGAGUGGGGGAUGCUGGUGGGCUUUGGACCGGGAUUCACUGUCGAGACCAUGGUACUGCACGCUACAAAGUCCUAGCCGUUGGAAGUUGGAAAUUGUAUCAAUAAUUCGCAUACUUUAAUUCAAAAAUAAACAAAGUGAACAUUUGAUUUUAA